GCGUCAACUCGAUCACAAUCCUCACGAGUUGAUUCUCUUUCGGCACAGUGAUUCUCAUCCUAUUAUCAUCGAGACGAAUUUCUCAAUCCUUCUCAACAAAUUCGAACAUAGAAGCUGAAAUUCGUCAGUUCUGAAGCUCUAGGGUGAUUUUGGAGCUUUUCACCAAAUGCAUCUUCAAGCUCAAACUCUCACGAAUCAGUUCGCGCCUUCUGUCGCUCCAUUAAAAUCAACCUCGAAAUCUCGAUUCGCUUAUCCAAAAGGAUGCCGAUUUCGUAGAUUUUCGUUUCGGGCUUUGAAAUGUUCUGUUUCGGCGAUUUCUGAGUUGGCUCCGACGGAACUGCGGAAUGUGAAGCCGUUCCCGGCUGAGGUUUCGAGGACAAUUAUGGAGUUAUCUUCUGUUGGAACGCUUUCUUCUUUGAGCCAUGAGGGAUGGCCUCUCGGCGUUGGCGUUCGAUUCGCUGUUGACCAAGACGGUACGCCUCUUUUGAGCUUGAAUGAAUCUAUGCGGGAGUUCUCCAUCGACAGGAGGUCCAGCCUCCAUGUUCAGUUGGAACAAUGUGGAUUGCGGACUCCUCAGUGUACAAUUCAAGGAAGUCUUGAUAAACCAGACAACAAAAUGAAUUUGAAGCGGCUUCAUACUACAUGGAAAAAGAGAUUUGGAGAAGACAUUAAUGAAGACCUUCUGUAUAUUGUUAGUGUGGAGAGAGUACUUCAGAUAGAUGACUUUGGGGAGGUUGGGGUUCUGGUAAACUCUUCAGAUUAUAAAACUGCAAGCCCAGAUCCUCUUCGAAAUUUUGCAGAAAGACUAGUGAACGAGAUAAACACGAACAAUGCCGAAGAUGUUAAUCGCUUUUGCAACAUAUAUGCCGAUUUGAACUUUGAGUUUACAGAAGCAAAGCUGAUAUGGAUUGAUCGGUUAGGCUUCGACCUGCGCGUAUUCUCUCCUCAAAAGGGGACGUUUGAAUUUCGAAUUCCGUUUCCGAGAGAAGUUACAGAUGAGAAGGGUGCGAAGUCGACGUUUAACGGCCUAUCCCAACAGGCUUGGGAGGUGGAAAGGAAUUUUCAAGCUCUGGAUUUUGAGAAGGUGAAGCAAUUCAAGAUGGUAAGACCAUUGCAUAGUUUAGAGUAGCUAUGAUGUGCUUUCUUUUUGCUCUCUUUAAAGCUUGUGCCGUUUAUGAAAGAACUGCGUGUUGCUUAAUGUGUGAGUAUGAGAAGUUGAGUUAUGUUUUGACCAAA